AUGAAUCGUUCCAAACAAGAUAUAGAAGAAUUUUUGAAUGAAAGUUUAGAAUUUGAUUCCGACACUACUGAACUGUACGAUUCAGAUGCGGACCCCGAAUAUUUACCGAAAGUAAUCGACAAAACAAUUUAUACAGGUAAUAAUGAUAAUAUUAUUUCUGCUGGCCCAUCGCGUACACUGUCAUUGUCAAGUUCUUCAUCAGAUGAUGAAUCGGCUUCAGAAAGUUCGAGUGAUAGUGGUAAUGAUGAUGAGCCAGACACUGAUUUUUGGGUAGAAACGUAUGUAGAUAUUCCAGACUUCAAUUUUUGUAGAGAUAAUGUUGGAAUACAAUUUGAAAUUAAUGAUAGUGCACUAAAAGAUCGUCCUCACAAAAAAGGUAGCAGGUCAACACACUUUCAGCAAACUUGUUCGCAAGAAGUUCAAAAUUUUUUGGGUUUGUGUCUUCUUGGUGGUUCUAUAAAAUUUUCGGUCGUAAGAGAUAUGUUUUCAGACAACCCAUUGUAUUAUCAUCCAAUUGUGCGUCAUAUUAUGUCAGGAAGAAGGUUUGAACAAUUACUAAGAUGUUUUAGUGUUGAGUAUGCAAAUGAUAAUCCAUUAGUUGGUCCCAUGAAGAAAGUUUAUCCUGUUUUUGAUAUGCUUAUACAAAAGUUCCAAAGCCUAUAUUUUCCUGAUGAAAAUUUAUCUCUCGAUGAGUCUUUACUUCUACAUCGUGGUCGGUUAAAAUGGCGACAAUAUAUUAAAAACAAAAAAGCCAAAUAUGGAAUUAAAUUCUACGAACUUUGCUCACAUGAUGGAUAUGUUUUAAAUAUUGAUAUGUAUAAAGGCAAAAAUACGCCAUCAACAGUUAUUGAACCUAACCUUGAAGGUUUUACAACAAAAGUUGACAGUAUUGUUUUUCAUCUGAUGAAACCAAGCAACCGCAAAGGAAAUCCCAAGGAAGUGACUGCCAAAAAAUUAAAACGUGGUGAAUAUGUAUGGAGACGGAAUAAAAAUGUAUAUGUGUCAAAGUGGAAAGAUAAAAGAGACGUGCUCUGUAUUACAACUAAAAAUCACCCAAAAAUUGUAUCUACAACAAAUAGAUAUGGUCUCGAAAAAAAUAAACCAAUAGAGAUAAAGGACUACAAUGAUUUUAUGAGUGGUAUAGAUCGUUCAGAUCAGAUGUUUGGUGUAACAAACGUUACCUUUAAGCAAUUCCGUGAUUUACUCAUCAAAAAUUUAAUUGGUCUUCCAAUAGAAACUACUGCAGCAGAACUUUUCAAAAACAAAAAAAGCAAAAAAGCAGCACCUGAAAAUAAUCAUUACUCAGAAAAAAUACCUCUUCCACCAAAUUUUAAAAGAGAAACAUACUUUAAAAACUGUAAGCAGUGCUAUAAGAUGAAAAUAAGGAAACAAACAUCAUUCCAAUGCAAAAGUUGUGGUAAACCUUUAUGCCCUAGUAAAUGUUUUGAAGAAUGGCACAAGGAUAAUAUUAUAUAA